CCAGCACACAGCUUUGCUGGAUGUCGCAGGCUGGGCCGGGCCCCAAGCCCUGCACUAACCUCUUCGUGAGUCUCAACUAGACUGAGCCACAGCUUCAGGGUCAGGACAGGCUCUGACCUAAUUGAUGUGACCCAGGACAAGGGGGUUACAUCUGCUUGAGUUCUUGGCCUCUAUGGUCUCUUUGGGGCAUGAUGCCCCUCUGUCCCAUGCUUAGGUGCCCACAUGUGGCCACAAGUGCCUUUCCUUCCAACAUCCGUACUUCAGGCUGCUGCCCAGGCACCGGUGGCUCCAGGCAGAAGCGUGAGUGCAGAGCCAGGCCUGGGCUGACGUUCCGCAGGUGCUGCAGGAGUUGACAGCCUUGGCCACGCAGCCCAUGGCCAUCCAUUCCCCUACACUGUGGCUGCCCCCAGUCCACCAUCCUUCCAGGGCCAGGCCUGGAACCAAACUGACUUCUCUCUGGACCUGACAGGUUCUUGGCUGAGCAUGAUGGUCUUGCCCAUUUCUUUGAUUAUCCUCAACAAGACGUUUAUAGAGCCAUUGGGAACAUCACAUCUGUCUACCACGUCCUCACCAGAGACAUGACUGCCUUGGGCCAGGCCUGGGACAGUCAGAAGUUACACUUGCCUGUUGAAACCCAGAUUCAUUGGCUUCAAUCUAGGCAAUGGGCUGAUGGGCAGCUGUCACUUCUCCUUUGCUUGGGGGAGGUAGGAGAGGAAGGUCAGGCAGGAGAUCUGCUUGGCACCCACCUGUGCCUGUCUCACCUGGCUGCAGGUGCAUUGGAGACUGAACCCCUUUCUUGAUCUGCAGGUGUGGAUUUCAGGUUUCCAGUGGUUGUCAGGGUGUGCUCCAGUGCUCUCCUGGCCCUAGGGAACCCUGGGCUCCAUGAGACCUUGGCCUAGGCAGGAUUGUUUCCCACACUGUCAUCUCCCCAUACAGUCACCUCCCCAAACACUGGGCUCCAGGCUCUGGUAUAUGUAAAAGUUCAAAGGCAAAAGUCAGCCCUUCCGCUCUUCUGGAGUGGGUGGCCCCACCCCUCUCAGAGUGGGCGGGGACAGGAGUUGCAGGGGCAGCUUUCCUUGGGAUGCCACAGGUCUCUCUGGAGCUGCCUAGCCACGCCUCCUUUCCUUUCAUCUUUCUCAUGACCAAUGGGAUUGGAGCAUGAAGGCCACGCCCCUGUUCUACAUUCUAGUGUGGCCCUGGUUACGCCUCCUCUGUCUCAGACACACAGCUGCCUGGUAGAGGAGUGGAGCUGCUUACCAGUGCUCCUUUGAAUUGUGCUGAUGUGGCCCCAACCCCACCUCCCUCCCCAACCCCACCUCCCUCCGCCACCCACCAUGUCGAUGUCAGAAGAAAUUCGCAAGAUGAUAGCCUCGGCUAGGAAAAAGUUAAAAGAAUUUCAACAAAGAAACAGUCCUGCUGCUCCAUCUCGAGUGAGAAGAAGAAAGAAAAGAAACAACAGUAGCCGUGAGACAUCCGCUUCUGAUGGUUGCCAGUCACCAUGCCAUUCAGCAGCAGGUGGUCACAAGGAGGGCCCUGCACCGUGUGCCACCAUGAAAGGUCCAGAGAGCACACACCAAGUACAAAUAGCCCUGGACUCGAGCUCAGUCACAACUAGUGAACUGAAUAACACCAUCGACUUAUUGCCCUCGAGCCGCCGUGAAGCAGUCCUUGAGCAGCAGGUACAGCAGUUUCUACAGGAGCGGGAACUGCUAAAAGCGCAGGUGGCAGAGGUGACGGAGUGUCUUAAGAAAGCUCAGCUAGAAAGAGACGCUUACGCUCAACAACUCAAAACACAGAAGAUUGAAAUAUUCAAAAUGGAGAAAAGUCAAGAUGCAAUGAAAAUCGAGAAGCUGAAGGGGAGCCUUGCCCACCUACAAAACCUUCUGGCUGAACCCCCGAUCCCAAAGCACCCACAGGGCCCUCUGACUUGGAAAGAAAACCUAAAAACUGAAACCAAGUACCUGAGAGAUGAGCCACGGGAACAGGAGAGACUGCAGGAGGUGAAAAUGAGGCUCUGGGAGACGAAGGUGCCAUUUCUGAACGCUGCUAAAGCCAGUGCCCAGGAGGAGCAGGCACGGCUCUGUGAGCAGCUCCAGAAACAACAGGUGUGCUGCCAGCACCAGGCUCAGCUGGGGGCCUCGGCCCUGAAGGAGCCAGAGGCAGCGGCCGCAGCCACAGGGACUGGGAGCGAGUCUGGGUGUGGGGAGACCCAGCGGGCCCUGCAGGGAGCUCUCGACCAGCUGCAGAGAGACUUCAUGGACAUUUUGAAGGAGAAUUCAUACCUGAAGGAGCGGGUGGAAAAACUAGAGCUCGGAUUCAUUCAGCUCUCUGGAGAGAGAGACAUGAUAAGAAAGUCCAUCAAACCAAAUGACCGUCAGAGGGCAGUGGCCAAAACCCAGCACCAGAAGAACGAUGUUAGCAUGCUGUUGCAGGCCGAGGAGGGGAUGAAUGUAAAGCUGCUGGAGCUGCAGGGGCCAGUGAUGCAGCUUAUGAUCAACCAUGAGGUCGUCCAGCACCCUGCUAAUGAGCCCACUCCAGGGGCCCCAGCCCCCCAGGAGCCUGGUGCUGCUGACAAGGAUGAACUUUGUGAAGUGAUCCUCGCUGACAGCCUGCAGCCUGCAGGAGUGGGGGGUACACCAGAACCCCACUGCACAGCAGAUGGCACAUUGCUUUGUGAGCUGCAGGACAGCCAGCAACACCGACCCUUGGGCAGCAGUCCCACCACGCCAUGCUUUUACCAGGCUGUGGGCGAAGGAGCGGGUAAACAUCACGAUCAGCUAAGAGCUGGCCCAGAAGUUUACAAAGAAACAAUGUUAUAGGGUUAGUCUUCACGUUUACUUCAUUUGAAUGUUAGAGCCACUUGGGAUGAUUUGUGUUUCUAAUCUAUCGUUUAUUUGUAAAAAGUUAAAGGAGAGUGGGUCUUCCUGUAGCUUUCACUGAUGUUCACUUUGGCAUUUUUUAGAAUUUUUCAUUUUUAAUUUGAUAAUCGUAGGUCAUUAGCAUGCCUAUCGAGUUUGCCCUUAUGUGGUGGGAGUUCAAACACACAAAGACCCACUAUUGGCACAAAACUAUUCUCGCUAGUUUGGAAUAGGCUGCCAUGGUUAUUUAAUGUUAUUGCAGCAUGUGUAUUCAUUAUGGAAUUCAGAUACAAUUGGCUUAUGUUGUGCUAUGAUAUUUGAUCAAAUCCUAUUUACAGUGAGCUCUUAAUUAGCUCAAUAUGUGCUUUGCCCUCACGUGCACACUGUUUAUUACUUUGUAAGGUGCUGCUGUGAGUACUGACAUUUAGAGUUGUUGAAAGGCCGAGAACCGGAAACAGCCUUUCUUCCAUGUUCUGUGUAUUGCAAAUGGGAGUAAUAACAUUUUGGGGAGCUUUUAAAAUCUCACAGAAGAGGAAAGCGGCCUGCUCUGGCUGGUAUGUGCAGAAUAGAGUAGUUCAUUGGUUCCCGUGACAAGAAUGAGCGCUGCGCUAUGGUAGUUCUUUUAGGGUUUUUCUGUGCUCUGGGCUCAUGAAGAUACUGCAUGAUAAGCUGCAGCAGCUGUACUCUUUUUUUAUGACCUACAAAGAGAUGAUUUCUGAGGAAUAAAAGGCUCCCAUCUUUGAUGGUGGAUGUGGAAAACCUUUCCUAGCUUAGAGCAUUUACAUCUAUAAUACAUUGUAAAGUCAGAGCUCCUGUUACUUGUUUUAAUCACAUGACUCUAAGUCUCAGUACACAAAAGGGCACUGGUUGGCAUUCUUCUUAAUGUAUUUAGUAAAGGUCAUAAGAAAUCCUUUAAGAUAAAGUGUAAUUUAUAUAUAUAUACAUAUAUAUUAUAUACAGGAAUGGAAAUUUGUAUCUUAGAAUGGAUAGGCACUAAAUAUUGAUGACUGAACAGUUAAUGUUUUAGGACACUUGGUCUAGUGAGUGCCUUGCACACAGAAAAAGACCACGGAUGAGAUUAUCCUUUGUAUCAUUUCACAGUUUUAAAAAUUGCUAUUGAUUACAGUUCACAUAGCAAGUUGCUGAUAAAAUGUCUGUUUUCAUAAAACAUCUCCAACAACAACAAAAUCCUUUCAGAGUUUAAAUGUCCAGAAAAAAAAUAAAAAUUUGAAUAAAAAUUUUUAAAAAGUUUAAAUGUCCCUGGAACAGGCACACAGGGUGUAGUCAAGAAUGGACUAGAGUGCAGGAAAGCCGUGUGACACCUGGCGUCCCUCUGUGUUCACGGAGCUUCUUUGAGGCGAGAUUGACUUGACCGUCCAGACCUCUGGCUAAUACCUAUUCUUCAACCACCUUGGUUACUCUGACAUAGGAAUUGCCUUGUUUUUCUUCAACGAAAAGGACUUUAAACAAUAAUCACAAACAUUAUUAUAAACUAAUAUAUGUGAGAGUACUUGGCUGGAAAAAAAGGAGUUUCAGUAGACAGAAUUGUACUAUAUUUGACAAUCAAAGAGAAGUUUAUGCAACGUAAAAUGUUUAUAGCCUGCAGUGCCAUCUACUGUUUGUGAAUGUCAAUGUAUUAUCAGGAAAAGUGUCUAACAAUCACAGAGUUCUAUUUCCUCAGCAAGUUCUUUAUCAAGAGAGAAAUACAUUUUUAUACCUUUCAGUUUCACUUAGAGGCACAUUUUGUGCAAGAUUUAUGUUAAUGUGUCUCUACAUUAUGAAUGAAUUCUUUCAGUCAGACAUUGCAUAAAUCAUAACUUUAUGAUGCUUGGGACAGAAUCAACAGUUGAAACUUCAUGAAGUUCUAAUGUUCGUGUACCAAAAUACGUCCCAUUGUUAGGAUGGAGGGAGAUAUGCAGAUGUGCUCCCUGAAGGGGAGAUUACUAGUUACUGACCGUCUCCACGUUUAGCAUUUGGCAUCUUCAUGAUACUUUCAUAAAUAUGACAUUAAUAGGAGAGCACUCAUACAAUUUGACAGAUGGAAUAACACAUUUGCCUGCAUUCCCUGAAAGAGUACAAAUAUUGGGUCCUGGUGAUUUGAACUGACUCUUCCAAAUUGUAGGGAUUUAUCAAUGUAUCAGAUAACCCAGUUCAGAACGAUCAAGGAAAACUGUUAGACCAAAUAAUGCGGCUAAUUAACAGUGGUAUGAUUUCUAGCCUGGGGGUUUAAAAUGGACUUAAAGUUCUGUUUUGUGUUUUAUUUCUGAACUUGCCGCUUUUGCAUUCUUUGAGUUCAGUUUAAAGAUAGUUACUGUAAGUCCAUUUUCAACCCUCGGGCUAGAAAUCGUACCCCUGUUAAUCAGCCACAUUAUUUGGUCUAACAGUUUUUCUUAAUCAUUCUGAAACUGGGUUUAUCUAAUACAUUGAUAAUUAUUUCAAAGGGAUUUUGAUAGUUCAAAUCACUUCACUUUUACCCUAAGAAAUACAAAUGACUAGGAAUGACCUUCAGAUAGUGUUUAGCAUCUGUACCCAAUCUGAUGAUAACGUGUUCAUCAGGUACCUGUGGAGUAAAUCCCAUACAGGCAUGUUUAAGCUGAAUGGCAGUCAGGAAAAUACAUUUACUAUAUUAACCAAAAUAUCACUCUGAGUAGGCAUUUUGUCAUCUAUUUAAGACAAAUCUAAAAGAACGGAAAUCACAUGACAGUGACUUAAGUCUUUCUUCAAAGUGCACGUGAGUCUCCUGCAGUACUUCAUUCAGCCAAGUGUCUGUUCUCUUCCUCAUUCAGUAGAAGGCAGCUUUCAAUUGGCUUAGAAGGCAACAUCAGAAGGUUAGCGUUCAUCAAAAACACAGAAUUUUAAAAUGUGUGUUCAACUGACCAAAUUUGAAUUUCUGUAGGAAAAAUCAAAAUACCUGUUUAAAGAUUGCAAUAUAUGAUAAUCAUUUUAAAGGAUUUUAUUAAACCUGAUAGGUUUCCAGAAAUGAAUAAAACUCAGUUCUAAAACCAAAGCUGCUUUUUAGAAAAUUUGAAAAUGUAAAUCAGUCCUAUCCUGUUCACAAUAUAGUUUCUCUAAAACUUUAUCUUAAAGAGUUAUUUUAAAAUAACUAUUAAAAAAAACUGCUCUCUUAAUGUUUUGAAAUUACUUAAAACAUUAAAAAAUAUGAAUAUUGCAGUUUAGAAGAAAUAGGGGGAAGGAAAAGUGAAGAAAUGCCAAUUCCAGUCCAAAGCUUUAUUUGCCAAGUUUUCUAAGAAUGACUUUUACCACUGUAUGAACUCCUGUGAACAGAAUGUAAGAUGGAAAUCCUGAGGCUUUUGUCUAAAGCGGCAAUACUGACUGCUGCUGUGAUGCUCCUGUGAUGUAAUAAAUUAUUCAGUUGCUGCAAA